UUUCUCUUGUUUCAACAUGGCGCUGUAGAAGCAGUAGACUCGCUCUUCUUGAAGUGUGCAGUGCACCUUGUUGAGAACAUUGUUUCGAGUGUAGAAUUUACCUGCGGGUUUGUUGACUCACCUUAAAAUUUGUGAACCUUCUCCCUUUUUGUGUGGAUAUCAUGCAAGCCGUCAGAACAUCGUUGAGAAGAUGUUUCUCUCAGUGGGAUGCAGUACAGAGCUGCUGCGGAAACGUUGCUGUUAGGCACUUGUCAGCCGAAGCGAUGCCAGCACCAACUCCAGAUAAUGCUCACAAAACGUACCCACUGAAGAUAGAAAAAAUUGUGAAUGAAAUUGCUGGUCUAACACUAAUAGAAGUUGCCGACCUCUCAGAGCUUCUUAAAAAGCGACUGAAUCUACCUGAUGCUCCAGUGAUGCCAAUGGGUGGUUUUGUUCCUGCUGCUGCUGCUGCAGCUGCUGCACCGGCAGAGGAAGCGGAGGAAGCCGUAAAAAAUUCAUUUAAUGUUAAAAUUGUGAAGUUUGAUGAAAAGCAAAAGGUGCCUCUUAUCAAGUGUGUGAAGGGACUAAUGGAAGGCAUGAACCUUGUGCAGGCUAAAAAAUUAAUUGAAAGUGCACCUGUGCUGCUGAAAGAAAAUGUGGAAAAAGAAGAAGCAGAAAAAAUCAAAAAAGAACUGCUAGCAUUGGGAGCUGAAGUAACUUUGGAAUAAGUAUUCAGAUGAGUGUCUUUCUGAAGAAGAAUGUAAUGUAGUUUCCUGUUGAAUAUUUUGUAUUGUGGGUCUGGAGGCUAUCUCUGCUUCCACCUUUUAUUUUGUUGAGAGAAGCCAAAGUGAUGAUUUAUGACUAAAACAUGACUGAUAAUUGGUGUGUUUAAGAAAGUGCGAUUUUGUAAAUAAAUUAGCACACAUUA